AUGGGGCGGGUUGGGAACCUUAUUCAUGGGUUAAAGCCUCCAUUGUUAAUGGUGCUGGUUCAGGUUAUAUUUGCUGGGGUAAAUGUGAUGUAUAAAUUGGCAGCAAAUGAUGGGAUGAACUUGAGGAUCAUCAUCGCCUAUCGAUUCAUGUUUGCCACCGCCAUUAUGGUCCCUCUUGCUCUUAUUCUUGAAAGGACGAGCUUGGGAAAAAUCAAUCGCAUGGUACUAUUUCAAGCCUUUCUUUGUGGGUUGUUUGGUGGAUCACUUGGUCAAAACUUGUACGUGCAAAGCUUGGUGUUUACAUCUGCAACAUUUGCUGCUGCCAUGGUCAACUUGGUUCCAGCAGUUACUUAUAUUUUGGCCAUUUGUUUUAAAAUGGAGAAAUUGGCGAUUAGAACUGUCGCUGGGAAGGCAAAGGUGUUAGGCACAGUAAUAGGAAUAGGCGGAGCAAUGGUCUUCACAUUUUACAAAGGUAUAGAAAUUAACUGGUCAACAGAUGUAAACCUUUUACACCAUCAUCAGCAACAACCUGGAGGCCCAGCUGGACUUUCAUCACAUGACACUGGCAAGUUCAUUCUGGGUGCUUUCUUGGGCUUUUUGUGUUGCAUUUCUGUGGCUUUAUGGUUGAUCACUCAGGCUAAGAUGAGUGUCAAAUUCCCUUACCUUUAUUCAACCACAGCUUUAAUGUGCAUAAUGGGAUCAAUACAAGGUUCAGUAAUUGCCCUUUGCACAGAAAAAGAUUGGAGCCAAUGGAAACUAGGUUGGAAUGUUAGGCUUUUAGCUGUAGCUUUCGUGGGAAUCAUAGGCUCUGCUUUAUUGGUCUUCUUGGUCUCAUGGAGUGUAAACUUGAGGGGUCCCCUCUAUGUAUCUAUUUUCAAUCCUUUGGGGCUUGUCUUUGUUGCCAUUAUAGGCUCUUUGUUGUUGGAUGAGAAGCUGCAUUUAGGAAGUAUCAUAGGAGGAAUAUUAAUUGUGUGUGGACUAUAUACGGUACUGUGGGGCAAAGCCAAAGAGAUGAAGCAGAAAACUCAACUAGUACCAACUUCAACAGCUGAUAAGGAAUCUGAAGGAACAGAAGAAUGA